UUUCCUACAUAUCGGUUACUAUUUCUUGCCAUAUUCCAUUAACACAUAUCUCCCGAUUCAACACAAAAAAGUAAAACACCAAUAUUUUUUGAACACAUUAAUUUAUCAUGUCGUCUGCGACAAGAUUCAUCAAGCAGAUUGCAAGGUUAUCUUCACAAUAUCCGGCUUCAAACACUUCACAUCUCAGACAUCAUGGCCUAUCUCCGAACUCGGGUUAUCGGUGUCUUAGCAACCACACAAGAAUGCAAAUCUAUAACACACAAAAAAGAAAAUUUUCUGUUGAUAGUGGCAGUGUUCAACCUCAGCCAAGUGCUCCAUUACCUCCAUCUUCACCAUUGAAGUGGAUUCUUGGAUUAGUGGCUUCAAUUGUUGUACCUUCUACAAGCGGUACAUGGGGUCCAUUUCUCGAAUUCAAAAAUGAUGUUGAUGCGGUGGUGGAAACGAUCGAAGAAAUAGUGGAGGUUGUAGAGAAAGUGGCGGAGAUAGUCGACAAGGUGGCGGAGGAGAUCUCCGAGGCCAUGCCGGAAGGCCAGAAACUGAAGAAAGUGGUGGAUCAUUUGGAGGAUGUGGCUGAAGCUACAGCUCAAGAUGCUCGGACAGUUGGAGAUGCCAUUGACAAGUUCCAGGAAGUGGAAGGGAAGAUCGAAGGCAUAAUGGGCAUAAAUGAUGAAGCCAAUUAACGAGGAAAUUGCAAUAUUAAUUAAUUGCGACUUUACAUAUAUCUGACCAGUAGCUAGGCUGCGAUUUCCCAAAAAAAAAAAAAAAAAAAAAAAAAAAAGCUAGGCUGGGAUUUUUUCUUAGUUGUGAAGUCAUUAUUAUUAAUUGUACAUAAAAGAAUUUCAUAUUAUAGGAUGGAAUCACUUGUUCUCUUUCUUCAUAUAUAAUUGUGUACAUAUUAGGAGUAGUUCAUUUCAAUAGAGAUCAAUUAGAUUACGUAUUGUAAAAAAUUAGUAAAUGAUAAUGGUAAAUCAAAUGAAUACUGAAAAUAAAAAUUGAGCAUCUGUUGUCUUCAUUUGUUACUCGAUAAAUGGAAAUUUUAAGUAUUUUUAUACGUUAUUUCCAUGUUUACUGGCCGUCCCUUUAAAAGUCUACAAUUAAUCUUCAAUACAUCGAAACAACUUUGCACAUUUUUUUUAUAUAUGUGAUUAGUUAAGUCGAAUAUUAUUAAUAUUAUGAUAUAUCACUAUAGUAAAGGUGAGAUCAUAGACCAAUGGAUGCACUAAAUGUAAUGCUCCAAAGUAGACUAUGGUUUACAUACAACAAAUUAUGUUCCUACCCAGACUAUGUGCAAGAUGAGGCACGGCGUGUGGGCGCACGCACAGUGGACAGAUGUUGAGUUGAGGCAACCGAUGAUUAUGAGUGAAUGUCGACCCGCACAAGUGUGGAGGGCAGGGAAAGAGUCGCAUAGAGCCUGUACGGCUGGGGGUGUGAGGGCUGUGCACUGGCUGAUGUUGAGGUUCGUAAGCCCUUCCUCCUCGUACCUGCCCUUCGCGGAUGCCCAACACCGUGCUUGUUCCUCAUCCGGCUCUGUGCUAGAGAGUGCAUCGCUCUGUCUGUAAUAUUCUGGCAAUAGUACAGCCCGAGCGACCUCAGGUGGACGCAGUUGUUUGCCAACGCAACGACACUCUCGUCAGUUGCAAUUUAAAGAAGAAACAAAAAAUUAUGGCAAGCUCAAACGCGGUCUUAACCAAAACACGGCCUCAAAACAUCUACCCGUGUUUGAAGCAUAUAUGUAACUAAAUCAAGUGCGUGAAGCAAUAGAAAUUAACUGGCCUUCCCCCAAAUCAUGUUUCAGCACAAACUCUACCUCGUUAAAUAUAACUACGUACGUAGAAUUCAUGUAAGUGAUGCACGUUUAUACCUGUGAUACGAAGGCAA